AUGCCACCAACAUUAUUACUUGCUUUUAACAGCGAAUGUCGUGCUUAUGGCCUUUCUACUGUGAACGCAGCUUGGAGAGAGUUCCUCCCACUUGGACUAGAUGUAAAGUUUAAAAAGUUGUCUGCUGUGCCACAUUUUAUUUGGGCUAUUGGAACCGACCUUCAAGUCUAUGUUCAUGUUCAUUCUUUGGAUGUUCCAAUAAGAGUUUGUGAGGCUUCUUAUGAAAACGAAAGGUGGUAUCCUGCUGGUGGUUGGAGUCAGACUCUCCUUCUAACUGAUCGUCCAAGAUUCAGCAGUGAAGAUGGACUCGCUGAAAGAGAAAUUAGCAAAAUUCGUCUUCCUUCGAUGGCAUGGCAGUGGGAUGGUGAAUGGCAAUUAGAUUUGAAUCUUGGCGGCGAACCUUUAAAUCAUGAUGGAUGGUCUUAUGCAGUAGAUUUUCCUCGACAAUAUCACUCAAAAAUGUCUUGGUCGCAUUGCGCUCGUCGUCGUAAAUGGAUUCGUUUCCGAAAAUAUUCAGCUUUGAACAGUUGGUGUGCUAUCGGUCCAUUGCACAAAGAUGCAACAGAAGAACCAUUCAUUGAUAUUGCUGUUGGUGGUACGAGUGUUCCAUCAGCAGAAUCUGGUAUUAUGGUCGUGUGGGCAGUGACAACACAUAGACGGGUAAUGUUUAGAUUGGGAGUCUCAACAACACUGCCGGAAGGUCAGAAAUGGAUUCACAUUUCUACACCAAUAGAAUGCGAAGUUUGUCAAGUGUCUGUUGGUAAUACUGGCUUAGUUUGGGCAUCAUGUAAAGAUGGAAGAGCUUUGGUGAGAGCUGGGGUAACACGUGAUAACUUAGCUGGAAAAUCUUGGCUUGAAGUUAAACCGCCAGCAAAUGGAUUACGAAUAACGCAAGUUUCCGUUGGGCACAGUUCAGUUUGGUGCAUAACAGAUGAUAAUCAUGUUUGGUUUCGUCGUGGCGUUCAUGGUUCAACUUCUGGAAUCUCUGAAGAUGCUGCAAUUGGUUCAGGUUGGGUUGAAAUGGUUGGAAAUAUUUCAUCGAUUUCUGUCGCUCAAAAUGAUCAAGUUUUUGCUGUUGGAAAUGAAGAUCGCUCACUUUAUUUCCGUUCUGGUGUCUCAACAGCAGAUCCAACUGGAAAGAAAUGGAAACUUAUUCAAUGUCAAAUGCAAAUGAGUAGAAAUUCAAGCAUCAUGACAUUGUAUAGCCGUCAAAGUUCCAGUGGGUCUCCAAAUCGUCAUCGAAGCUUAAAUAGUCUCAAAUAUCGUCAACAAGAAAGUACAACAUCUAUUCAGGAAGAUGAUGAAGAACAAUCGAGAUCGGCACCUGUUCAUAAUAUUAAUAAACUUGAACUUUGGCCAAACACUUCAGCUGAUAAUUCUACACAACAACAAGAGUCACUGGAAAAUGUCGCCAGCAGUUGUCCAAUAAAUAAUGAAGUAUUUGAAGUGUCCGGAAAACAUUUGAAAAACCCUCGCGCAUGGAGCCCUGUAACAUCUGUUGGAUCUGUUGUUGGUAUCGAAGCACAUCCUGAAUCAGAUUCAACAGUCUUUGAAUCUGAAAGUUCUAAUCGUGAUUCAGGAGUUUUUGGUGAAGAUGAUUUCGCAGGUUCACAAUACAUUGAAUGUGAUAUCACGUGGACUGGUGUGGCUGCUGGAGCUGUAACUGUAGAUCCACUUCAACUUCCGAACUGGUUCAAUCUUUCAUCCGAUGAUACUGGUGGAAUGGACACAGGAACAUUUACAGUUCUCAACUCUGAUGGUGUCAGCACAAAAAUGCAAUUUUCACUAUCAGAAAUCACAUGUGUGAUGACUUGCAGUGAACCUGGUCAUCCUCGUCUUGCAAUUCACGCGCCAAGACUUCCAGUAGGUCUUUCACCUUUAAGACUCCAAUUCUCAGGUGAUUCUGAUCUUGAAGAUUGGUUGUCACAUCUUACAUCAAUAACAUGUAAAAUUAAUGAUGUCAGCGGAAAGCCAUCAACAGAUUCCAUUUGGAUGACAAGUCACUUAGGUGAGAAUUUUGUUUUCGAUCCUGAAAAUUUGAGUAAAUUACAGAAAAGUGACAAUGGAUAUAGCAUUGAAAUGGACGUAUCUGCAACUGAAACACCAUAUUUAGUUAAACUUCCUAAUGGAAUGCCAUUAGGAUCGAGUCUAAAAAUUACUGGAUGUGUUUAUGAUGACGCUGAUCAAAUACGUUUCGAUCUUCAAGGCCAUGCCACAGUUCGUCUUCGUCACAAAGUUGAAAACUUCCGAAAUAUGCCACUUCAUAUUAAUCCUCGUUUCAAUGAACGUUGCAUUUGUUUAAAUUCAAUGGACAAAUCUAAUUGGGAAAAGGAAAUUCGUGAAUCUUGUGUGAUGUUUUCACCUGGAAAGGAAUUUGAAUUGAUCAUAAAAUCGGAAGUUGGUGGAUUUAAAAUAAUCAUUGAUGGUAAAGAUUUCACAUUUUGGAAACAUCGACAAAAUCCCGAAACAAUUGUAAGUUUACAUUGUUCUGGUCGAGUGAAACUUUUUAAAAUUCUCUACGAAACUCCGGAAUUGAUUUUGUCAUUCAAUGAAUUAUUUUGGCGACAAAUGGGCGGACAUUUAAGAAAAAUUGAAACUUGUUCUUCUGGUGUUACAUGGGGUAUUGGAUAUGAUCAUCAAUUGUGGGUGUACACAGGUGGAUGGGGCGGAUUUUUGAAAGGAUUGGAAGUUAGUUCAGCGGGUAUUAACAAUAUGAGUGACACCAGUCAUUACUACAUUUAUGAGAAUCAACGUUGGAAUCCAAUCUCAGGUUUUUCAACAACUUCACUGCCAACCGAUCGCCAUCUUUGGAGUGACAUCACUGGAAAGCAUAAAAGAAGCAAGGAGUACAGUAAACUUCUAUCAGUUCAUUGGCAAUUUGUCUCCGAGUGGUUGGUGGAUUUUAAGAUUCCGAAUGGAUGUGAUCGAGAUGGAUGGCAAUAUGCUGUUGAUUUUCCUAUGACUUAUCAUCCAAACAAACAAUUCACUGACUACGCAAGACGAAGGAGAUGGUACCGAAAGUGUCGUUUAAAUACACGUGGACCCUGGCAAGAAGUGGGACAAACCAGAAUUGCUGAUGUCUCUUUGCAAACUGUCAAUGGAUCUUCUGAUGAAAUCAUAGCAUGGGCCGUUUCUUCAAGUGGCGAUGUUUUGAUGCGUAAAAAUGUGACAAAAUCUACACCAACUGGAAAUUGCUGGGAACACAUUCCUUGUGAUGUGGCGAUAGUCAGUAUAGCUUGUUGUCCAAAUCAAAGAGUUUGGGCAGUUGCUAAAUCUGGUGCAGUUCUGUAUCGUCUUGGAAUCUCACAAGAAAACCCAAUUGGUGAAACAUGGAAGCGUAUUGAGAGCCUUCCAAAUGUUCAUUUCAAACAAAUAUCUGCAGGAAAGUUGGGCGUGUGGGUGAUUGAUUCUUCAGGUCGUUUAGGUGUCAGACGAGAUAUUUCUGGUAGAAUCCCGGAAGGAAGGCAGUGGGAGAUGCUCCCAAAUAUUACCAACGAUCCACCAAACUUCGAAGGUGAUGGCAAUAUUGGCUUUAAACACAUAGCCGUUGGAAACAUCGUCGUUGGACUUUCCAACAGUGGAUACAUUUGCAAAAGAAAUGGCAUAACGUGUGAUAAUCCGGCAGGAACUGGUUGGACUCUUGGUAUAUUAGGACCAUGGCAACAUGUGACUGUCAACUCUUAUUCAUGA